CCCUUCAGAGUUUCAGGUGGCCACGUUUUUACAGUAAGACAACUCUCGAGACACACACCAUUUGUACUGAGAGGUACAGAAGAGAUUUCUUCCGGGCAUAUAGCGCAGCUACGACAGAAACCAUGCCCAAACAAACGGUAGAAUGGGUGCGCACUUCCCUGCGUACCCCAGGAAUCUUCAUUUUCGGAAUGGUCUUUUCGCCCUGCGGCUGGAUCCUAAACCUAACGUCCACAGUUGCUCCAAACUGGAGAACGGUACGCAAUGCUUCAGGCUUAUCUACCGACCAGUUCUACCAGCAAGGCAUCUGGGACAUCUGUCUGGCGUCUGAUACGUCCCGUGCAGUCGUGUGCAAACAAAGAGACGAUGGCUACUUUAAUAACCAGUUAAUCACUAUAGCCCAAGGGUUGAUGGUGGCUUCUCUGAUCGUGACGUUGAUCGGACUGGCCGUGGCUGUCCCCGGGGUUCGUUGCUGGAGGGAUCGGCCCCGCUGGACCGUCGCUGGACUUGGAGGACUACUGAUCUUCCUCUCCGGGGUAAUGACACUUAUCCCGAUAUCCUGGUACACUCACAUCUUGAAAGACAUUAACGCGCCGCCAAACUCAGUCAUCCGUGUGGACUUCUGCAUUAUUCUGGGGUACAUCGGGGGCAUUUUUGAAGUGGUUGCGGGCUUCGUCAUGUUCAUUGGGAUAUGUCGAUGCUGCGGCGGCAAGAACCGGGGAGAGAAACGGGUGGAGGAAGUUCCUCAGUUCAUGCACACCAGGAACCCUCCGAGGCGGGUCACCGUGCCCAGCGUAAUCCGGACCACGAGCAGUGCCAGCAGCGUGCCUUAUUCCAAGAACUCCAUGGAUGAGGAGGUGGACUUCCCCCGGGCCUUACCCCGGUCUGGUGGCCGUUCAGCCAACUCUUACGCCAGCAAACCAUACGAUGCUGACUUGUGAAGUGAAGUUUAAAGCUCCUAGUUGAAAUGAAGGAAAACAAUGUGAUUAUUACAGUCUUUGUCUGUUUUUUAGCCUACUUCUGAAGACUUAUUUUGCCAAGUGUGUCGUAAAAAUGCUAUCCCACCCCGAAACCCAUAUUUUACCCAUCCCCUUACCCAUACAAGAAGUAAUGACUAAAUGUAAAAAUGUGUGAUGAAAUGUAAGUAAACCUUUUGAAUAUUUA